AUGUCAGCCAAGCAGAUCAAGCAGGCGGCGGUGAAACCAAUACCAAGGACCUCUGUGUCUGGCUCCACGUUUCCCGUACGUCGCUCGACAAAGAAAGAUGAAAUAGACUAUCUUAGGAACUUAUCAAGAACGCUCCAUGUUUCCAACUCAAGUAAAGGGGACCUACCGCAAUUGACUUUUUCCAACGAACUCGAUGUGAAAUUGUAUGCGCUUUUUUCAUUGCUAGUGAAGAAUUUUGUGCAGACAUGGUAUGUAGGGCUAGGAUUUGAUAAGGAGGAGGAAUUUAUUGGGGAGUUGGUAUUUUUGUUUUCUCAUGUAUGUCGAAAGAUUCAAGAACGAAUCAGUAGUCGACGAGAUGAGAUUGUCACUAGUCUGUUUGUUGAUCUACCGUAUGUGCUAGAGAAGCAUUUUCGGAGUGUCUAUGAGAGCAUGCGUGACUGUGAGGAAGAUGAGAGUUGGGGAGAUGUGUGGAUGAGGAAGUUCAGCGAUGGGUUAAUCGAGGAGGAGAUGGUUGAUUACAGACGGAUCUUAGUGGAUGAGAUAGUCAAGGUAUUGUUCCCCGAUGAGGCAGUCCAGAGUGGCAUUACCAGACGAUUUUUGGAUGGGUUGAUUGAAGGUGUUAUUUUGAGGAAUGUCAUUGAGAGUUUCAGUGAGCCGUUUGUUAUUUGGGAGAUAUUGGGGAAGAUUUCCAUCAAGAUGCAAGAGUGUGGGAAGGGCACGACAAAUGAAGAUGAGGCAGAGCAUGCGACGGAGCAAGAUCACACUCAGGGGAAGAAGACGGAGCAAGAACAUGUUCGUGAGGGGGAGAGGUACCACUAUUCUCUCCUUCAUCGAAUACUGAACGUGUUUAUUAUUGAUGAGAGAUACCAGAUGGAUAGUGGAAAGUGGCUACGGUACUGUGAUUUUGUACCGCUGAUGAGUCUGAUGAAUUUUGUCACUUGUUGGGACACCCGAUUCCCUAUUUUAGUGUCUAUAUUCCAAGUGACAUUACAGUUGUUAAUGCGCAUCACCAUUACGAGGAAGUUCGUCAAUGGAUGUCUCAAGCGGUUGAUUUUUGCCAUUGUCAACGAAGAGUGUAUAGGGUCACUAGUUGACAGUAUGCGGGGGAUGAUGUUUCCUCGAGAUGAAUAUUUUGAGAUGAAACCAAGGUACGUGCCUACGAGUGAGAAGGAGCUGGAGAAAGUGUAUCAGGAGAAUCUCAAGUUAAUUACUGAAUGGCUAACCAAUGGGGGGUUUAGUUCGUCCGUUAUAUUUGGCCGUAGUGGUGCUGUCUAUGAGAAGGCGCACAAGGUCAUGGAGACGUUCCGACACCGGGAGGUGAACCUUGUCCUGCUACAGCGAGUUGUUGAUCUGUUAGUAUUAAUGCUAUUACCCGAGCUGGCAUAG